GAACAUUAAUGCCUAUAGCAUUAUCAAAAACAUUCAUAACAAUCAAUCUUUUUGUUUUUUAUUUUAUUUUAUUUUUUAUAUGCAAUAUUUUCAUAAGCUUUGGACUGCUCUCUCUAUAUAAACUCAAGUUUCAUUUAUUUUUUUGGCAGACUCAAGAAUCUUUCUUGUAGCUCAAACACACACUAUUCCCUCUCUCUCUCUCUCUCUCUCUCUCUCUCUACUCGGCCAAAAACAUACACUAAAAACAUGACUGGUGUUAGUCUUAGAAGCCUUACAUUCAUGUUCUUCAUUGCUUUUCUAGUCUGGUCAUCAAGUUUUGAGACUUGCAUUGCUAGAAGAGGAAGGCACUGGAGGCAUGGCAGGGGUACCUCGGCUUCUCUGUAUAAUAAGAGGAAAGGGAAAAGCCAUGGCAGCAGCAGCAACCACCACCAACAUAAUAAAGGAUCAAAACCAAAACCUCCAUCUCAUAAAGCUCCUCUAUUGCCUCCUGCUCCCACGCCACCUAAAGACGAUGCACCACCGUCAUCAAGCUCACCAAUCAAAGGUUCUGCAACCUUCAACGUCCUUAAUUUUGGCGCCAAGGGAGAUGGAAAGACCGAUGAUACAAAGGCAUUUCAAGCCGCAUGGGCAGCUGCUUGUAAGGUGGAGGCAUCAACAAUGCUCGUUCCAGCAGAAUAUAUAUUCCUUGUGGGACCUGUUUCUUUCUCUGGUCCAUACUGUCAAGCAAACAUUGUAUUUCAGCUGAAUGGCAAGAUUAUUGCUCCAACAAACUCCUACGUCUGGGCUAAAGGUCUUCUAUGGUGGAUCGAAUUCACAAAGCUAAAAGGAAUUACAAUUCAGGGAACAGGCACCAUUGAUGGGAGUGGCUCAGUAUGGUGGGAAGAUUAUCCACUGGAUGAUCCUGAAGAUGAUGAAACAAAAUUAAUUAUUCCACUAAACAACACAGUACAACAACAUCCACCGAUGCCGGUAAGAAGUGAACUCGGUAAGAAGAUGCCAAGCAUCAAGCCCACAGCACUAAGAUUUUAUGGAAGUUUCAAUGCAACAGUCACGGGCAUUACAAUUCAAAACAGUCCCCAAUGCCACCUCAAGUUCGACAACUGCAUUGGAGUUGUGAUACAUGAUAUAACCAUCUCAUCACCUGGUGACAGUCCUAAUACAGAUGGAAUCCAUCUACAGAACUCCAAAGAUGUGCUAAUUCACAGCAGUAAUCUUGCUUGCGGAGACGACUGUGUUUCCAUACAAACUGGAUGCACAAAUGUAUACAUACACAAUGUGAACUGUGGGCCAGGACAUGGAAUUAGCAUCGGUAGUCUGGGACGGGAUAAUACAAAAGCUUGUGUUUCCAACAUCACUGUUCGAGAUGUUGUUAUGCACAACACAAUGACAGGUGUCAGAAUUAAGACGUGGCAGGGUGGAUCAGGCUCUGUACAAGGGGUACUAUUCUCCAACAUUCAAGUUUCUGAGGUUCAACUUCCUAUAGUGAUUGACCAAUUCUACUGUGAUAAAAGCACAUGCAAAAACCAAACAACAGCUGUGUCUCUAUCAGGUAUCAACUAUGAAAAGAUUAGAGGGACGUACACAGUAAAACCUGUACACUUUGCCUGCAGUGACGCCCUACCAUGUAUAGAUGUAAGCCUAACUACAAUAGAGCUAAAACCAGUGCAAGCACAAUAUCACAUGUAUGAUCCUUUCUGUUGGCAAACUUUUGGAGAGUUGAACACUCCUACUACCCCUCCCAUUGACUGUCUACAGAUUGGUAAGCCAUCAAGCAAUAGACCUCAGUCCGAUCAUGAUGUAUGCUGAGCUUCCCACAGAUUACUACGGUGUAUUGACUUGUGUGGUUGGCAUGAUUUUCCAACCCCUAUUACACCAUUAGCUUAUUAGGUAAAGGAUUUAUAUAGUGAUUGUUCUUCAGCGUGAUUACAUAUUAGAUUCCAUUGCGUGGGAGUAUACAGGCAGUAUUAUCAGCAAGAGUUCAAUAGUAUAGUAUAAGGUAGUGUUGUUUGCAAUUUGUUUAAUUGUGAGAGAGUAUACUAAGUUCUUGAUUUGUGGAUGUGCAAUAAAUAAUGAUUCAAUGAAUAUCUAUCAAUGUUCGCAAAUACCAA